UUCGUGCGGGCUGAACGGUUACGGCAGGCGGUGAUCUCACUGAGUGGCCUCGGCCUUUCUCUCCCCACCCCCUCACCCGCCUCCCGCUCGCCGCCGAUACGUGGGGGCCCAGGCGAGAGAAGGGCAGAGGCAGCAGGUCGGGCGCAUCUAGCGGAGCGAGAAGCAGGGAACUUUAAAAGUCCCAGACCCUUCCGUUAGAACUGGGGGAAAGCAAAAAGUACGUUAGUUUUUCUUGCAGAGCCGGGUGAGAUAGACCGGACAAAGGGAACAUCUAAUCGGCUUCACUUGGUCAUUGGCCUCUCUGAUGAACAGAUUAACAAAGGCAGCCGCAGACAGAACAAUGUUAACGCUUUGAUACGUGGGCCAGAGCUGUUGCUGAGGGCUGCAGCUCCGCUUCACAGUGUAUAGCUCAUCUCCUGUUUGAUUCCUCUCCCUCUACCUUGUCCUGAUUCAUCUCGGGAACUGACGGGUCUGCAAACUAAAGGGUAAAACAAGCCGUGAAUUUGUUUAUGGGAAUCUCAAAUGCAUCAUCGGCAAAUCCGCACUUUGCUGUCCGUCCACUCUGAGUGUGGGAAGGGAUUCACUCAGUUGUCCCAUUUGCUGACACACCAGCCAGCUCAGACUGGGGAGAAGCCGUUCUGCUCAACGUGCGGGAAGAGUUUCAUUCAGUUAUCCCAAGUCCAGGAACGCUAGCAAAUUCAGACAGGGAGAGGCCUUUCAUCUGUUCUAUGUGUGGAAAGGGAUUCACUCAGUUACCCAGCCUGAUGACGCACCAGCAAGUUCACACUGGCGAGAGGCCGUUCACCUGCUCCGAGUGUGGCAAGAGCUUCACCCGGACUCUGCACCUGAAGGCACACCAGCGAGUUCACACUGGGGAGAAACCGUUCUCCUGCUCAACGUGUGGACGGAGAUUCACCCAGUCAUCCAAUUUGCAGGCCCACCGGCGAGUUCACACUGGGGAGAGGCCGUAUUCCUGCUCGGUGUGUGGGAAGAGCUUCACGCAGUUGUCCGGCUUGCAGACGCACCAGCAAGUUCACACUGGGGCGAGGCCGUUUAUCUGCUCAACGUGCGGGAAGAGAUUUGCUUCGUCAAGCAACCUGGUAAUACACAAGCGCGUUCACACUGGGGAGAGGCCGUUCAACUGCUCUGAGUGUGGGAAGGGAUUCACCAGUUCCUCUGACCUGUUGCAGCACCAGCGAUACCAUACGGUGGACAGGCCAUUCAUCUGCUCAACGUGUGGGAAGGGAUUCGUUCGCUCGUGUGAGCUGAAGGUGCACCAGCGAGUUCACACUGGGGAGAGGCCGUUCUCCUGCUCUGAGUGUGGAGUGAAAUUUACUCAGUCAUCCCAUCUGCAGGCGCACCAGCGAGUUCACAACAGGGAGAGGCCGUUCUUCUGCACAGUGUGUGGGAAGGGGUUCAUUCAGUCGUCCCAGCUGUUGGUUCACCAGCGAGUUCACAAUGGCGAGAGGCCGUUCAUCUGCUCAAGUUGUGGGAAGGGAUUCAUUCAGUCAUGCGAAUUGAAGGUACACCAGAGAGUUCACACUGGGGAGAAGCCGUUCUCCUGCUCAACGUGUGGAAAGAGGUUCACUCGGUCAUUCAAUUUACGGUCACACCAGCGAGUUCACACUGGGGAGAAGCCGUUCUCCUGCUCAACGUGUGGAAAGAGAUUCACUCGUUCGUCCAAUUUGCAGACACACCAGCGAAUUCACACCGGGGAGAAGCCGUUCUCCUGCUCCGAGUGUGGAAAGGGGUUCAGUCAGUCGUGCGAUCUGAAGAUACACCAGCGAGUUCACACUGGGGAGAGGCCCUACUCCUGCACGGAGUGUCGGAAGGGAUUUGCUCGCUUGUCUAACCUGCUGGCACACCAGCGAGUUCACACUGGGGAGAGGCCCUUCACCUGCUCUGAGUGUGGGAAGACAUUCACCCAGUCAGCCAUCCUAAAAACACACCAGCGGCUGCACACCGGGGAGAGGCCAUUCAUCUGCUCUGAGUGCGGGAAAGGAUUCACUUGCUCAUCUCGCCUGCUGAAACACCAGCGAGUUCACAAUGUGAAGAAGGAUUGAAGAUGCUGCAUGCCAAGCAUUCAACCUUUGUGUCUACUGAAAUCUAACACAAGUUCACAAGAGUUGCAGGUGAAUCAGGGCCUUGGGUUCUGUUGAAACUUCUGUUAACACCCAGACUGAAUCUGGUAAUGGUCAGAAUUGGGUCUCUGUUGCUGAUGUUCACAGUCUGUUUAAAGUUUAGCUCCGCUAAUGUUCUGGAUCUGCAAUUAACAUAAGACAGUUCUGCCUGAAAGACUUUAUUCAAGGCCCUUCCUUUGCAGCGCAGAUAAUGUACAGUAGAGAGGCCUUUCAGCCCGUCUGCUGCCGUUCAGUAUUUCUGCUCCGGUCCAGCCUCCUUCCAUCUCGGCCGGUAGGAAUAUUCAGAAAUGAGGCAGAGAACUCGGCCCUUUGGCUUGGAGUCCACAGCGAUCAUCACUCAUUUACCCCGAUGUUUCAUUAACGCGUUUUUUAAUUCUCUCUUCAUUUGCAUUGGCCACACCCCCUUUCACCCCAAGGCACUACUGGCCACCGUCAUAGUAGAAGCAAUUUACAGGGGCUAAUUAUCCUUUCGUCCCCCAGGUUGGAGAACGGGUGAACCCUCAAGGUCAGGACUGAACCUGAUACUUGUGCCUGAGGCAGCACCUCAGUCUGAGUUUAUUCGGCUUCCCAGCUUGACAGCUCCGGCCCUCCCGGUGGCGGCAAAUUCCACAUUGCUGAGCUCUGUGAGCAAGAAAUUGCCCGGAAUUUCUGCAGCUCGCAGCAGGUCAAUGGCAAAGACAACAGCUCGCUGGGGUGGGGGUGGGGGGGGGGGGUCCUGCCCCAGGCAUUAGAGAGGCUGUUGGUCUGCGAAGUCAGGAACCUGGGAUCAGUCCACAUCUCGGAUACCGUCCGUGUGGAGGUUUCUCCCUGGUGCUUACAAGAGCUCCCGUUACCUCCCAGGUCCCAAGGGCAUGCUGGUCGAUAGGUAGAUAGGCUGCUGUAGUUUCCCACGAGAGUGAGAGUGACUGGUAGAAGUUGGGGAGAAUUGAUGGGAAUGUAGGUAGAAUUUAAGAGGAUGAGCUGCAGACUCUUUGGGCUGGAGUUCAUGUUUCUGCACGGUUAUCAUUUUGUGGCGUUCCCCAACCACCAAGCCUCGGGGAGAAAGUAAUGGGGUCUAUCUCCACUCCCAGUUCUUUUCCACAGUGGGCUGAGGUACAGCAGUACAGGACUGCUUGACGGAUUCUGUGUCUCGUUCAUUGUCCCCCCACCCCACCCAACAUCCUCCCAUUGACAGUCUCAAAAAUUGGCUUGGUGUCUGUCCUGAAUACAGUAACUGAGCGAUCACUCCUGCUGAUCAGAGAUUAAGGAGAUGCUUUCAAACCUGGGAGUCACUUCAUUACGUUCUGCAGAUGCUUCUCACGCCCUGUGUCUCUAGUUGAUUGAAAUUUGAUUAUAAAAAGAGCAAAGGAACUGAACAAAAGUAGGAAAAGACACAGAUAGAACAGGAAAAGGAUAAUAGUGUCUGCAGUACCUCUAUGUUUCAGAAGAAAAAUUUGCUGCAGAGCUUGGUGAACUAGAUGUUUACAAUCUGCUGUACCCUUACCUUUCACCAGGCAUGCUUUCGAUAAAUUCCAGGCCACAUCGCGCCUCCUGAAAACCCAAGCAUCUUCCACUGCCCUACCAAGGGUAGAGGUGCCCAGUAGCUGUGGAAGGUGGGGGUGGGGAAGGUGUUGUGGCAGAGCGGUGCAGAAGAGAUGAGUGAGAUGUCAUUUCAAAUGUACCCUGUGCUGAUCUUGUGGAAGCUCUAAGAAAAUGUUUCCCUCGCUCUGUAGGUCAUGCAAAAGAUAGAGAUGUUAAUGAAUACAGUCGGCCCUCCUUAUCCGCGGGGGAUUGGUUCCGGGACACCCCCCCCCCCCCCCCCCCGCGGAUAACAAAAAACGCAGAUGCUCAAGUCCCCUAUUUAACCUCUCAGUGUGAUGGACUUUAGGACCCAGCGGAGCUCUGGACCUUAUUUAACCUGUCUCAGUGCGGUGGACUUUAGGACCUGGCGGAGCUCAGGACGCACCACCAGCAGUGUUUCUAUUCCACUGAUGGAAAACGAUCAUGGUUGAAAAUAAAGUGAUCAGAAAGAGGUGAAAAGCCAUCAGUUAUUGGAAAAGAGUUAGGCUGCAGUCGGACAACGAUCAGAACAAUUUUAAAGGAUAAAGUGAGAAUAAUGGAGCAUGUGAAAGGCCCUGCCCCGAUGAAAGCUACAAUUAUUACUAAGCAACGCAGUGGUUUAAUUAUUGAAAUACACACCUUCCUUAAGUGUUUUAUAUGCAUAGAAAGGUAAAAUAUAUAUUAUAUACUAAGGCUAACGUUUGACUGACACUAAAUAAUACCGGAUGUACCUGUUCUGACUUACUUAUAAUAUUUAAUACAAAGUAAAUGCUAUGUCAAUAGUUGUUAUACUGUAUUGUUUAGAGAGUAAUGACAAGAAAGAAAAAGUCUGUACAUGCUCAAACAACGAGUGCUGGAGAGGAAACUUCCAUUUUUUUUAUCCCGAUCCAUGAUAACCUAUGCACAUCCUCCCGUGUACUUUAAAUCAUCUCUAGAUUACUUAUAAUACCCAAUACAAUGUAAAUGCUAUGUAAAUAGUUGUUAUAUUUGAUUGCUUAGGGAAUAAUGACAAGAAAAAGUCUGGACAUGCUCAAACAACGAGUGCUGGAGAGAGAACUUCCGGGUUUUCCCGAUCCGCGGUUGGUUGAAUCCGCGCUUGCGGAACCCGCGGAUAAGGAGGGCCGACUGUAUGUAGAAUAUGUGAAUAAAUGUUUUCAGCAGUGUUCAGGGAUAACUAGAACUCUAGUUUCCUUAUAAAUGUUACUGUAAAUUAGCUGCAACCUAGAUUAAAGAAAAAGGUAAACUGUUACUUGUGUGAGAUGAGAAGAGUUAAGUAAAAUUGUGAGUGUUCUACAGUGUUGCCAAAGGCAAUUCCAGCAUCAAAGGAUUAAAACUGUGGAAUGGGGACAAUGGGGACAAUCCCAGGUUACCCAGGUAACAUUGUAUAUAUUGUUUUAAAGUAGUGUGGCAUCUGUCAGAAACUAUUUAAUUGGUAUUUUAGCUUCAAUUUCAUAUUUAAAUAAAAUAACAGUGAACAGUUACCAGAUUAAUUAAUGCUGACAAUUUCAUUGUAAACUUAGUUUUGAUACUUUCUGCUUUAUACAUGUCUGGAUCUAGUGACUGCUGUUACAGAUGUUUGGUUUUGAACAAAGUAGAUGUUGAUGUAACACUUUUCCAAAUGUACGUUUGUGUAGUUUGUUUGAUUUAUUGUGGGGGGGGGGGGUAUGGUGGACACUGUAGGGGAAGACCCAGGGUUGCCUGUGAGGGGUAUGUUUUUUUUUGCUGACAGCCUGACCACCGGGCUCGAAGAUGCGCUUAACGUGAAGGCAAUUUCGAUAGCAGUCAGUUUCCACCAGCACCGCAGGUGACAGAGUUUAAAUGAUCCUGUACUGAAGAACUUGUACUAACUUAACUCUGCCCGUUGCAAAAUGCCUCCUGGUGGAACGGUGAAUUUUUUUUCUUUGGCUUUUCCUGUUGAUCAGAGACUGGUGGGCGUUUUAGUAGAUGUGUAGCACGUGGAGCUAAUACAACAGAGCGGCCAUCCCUCAUGUCCACUCAAGCGGCUGUGCUUUCUGUACCUUAGCAGCCGGUGCUGCCGUAAACAUUUCUACAGUUUGCACACAUGACAAUGGACAUUCACGGAAAACACGUGGGUUUCUCGCCUUCUCUGGAACUCAGAACGUGUGGCUCACGCGAAUGCGAAUGAUGAAAUAACGAGGGCACAAACGAGUUCCCUUUUCCAGGCAGUCACAGCAGAUCUUUAUGGUCACACGGUACCCCAGUGUGAACUGGCUGCCGAUACUUCCCAAAUUCUUUUGAUGAACUGGCACAAUUAUAGCAUGGUGCAUCAGAGACUUUAUGGACUAAAACACACUGUGCCAGACUAUGAAGGAUGAUUUACAGUGGCAUGCAAAAGUUUGGGCACCCCUGGUCAACAUUUCUGUUACUGUGAAUAGCCAAGCGAGUAAAAGAUGACCUGAUUUCCAAAAGGCAUAAAGUUAAAGAUGACACAUUUCUUUAAUAUUUUAAACAAGAUUACUUUUUUAUUUCCAUCUUUUACAGUUUCAAAGCAACAAAAAAGGAAAAGGGCCUGAAGCAAAAGUUUGGGCACCCUGCAUGGUCAGUACUUAGUAACACCCCCUUUGGCAAGUAUCACAGCUUGUAAACGCUUUCUGUAGUCAGCUAAGAGUCUUUCAAUUCUUGUUUGGGGGAUUUUCGCCCAUUCUUCCUUGCAAAAGGCUUCUAGUUCUGUGAGAUUCUUGGGCCGUCUUGCAUACACUGCUCUUUUGAGGUCUAUCUGCAGAUUUUCAAUGAUGUUUAGGUCGGGGGACUGUGAGGGCCAUGGUAAAACCUUCAGCUUACGCCUCUUGGGGUAGUCCAUUGUGGAUUUUGAGGUGCAUUUAGGAUCAUUAUCCUGUUGUAGAAGCCAUCCUCUUUCCAUCUUCAGCUUUUUUACAGACGGUGUGAUGUUUGCUUCCAGAAUUUGCUGGUAUUUAAUUGAAUUAAUUCUUCCCUCUACCAGUGAAAUGUUCCCUGUGCCACUGGCUGCAACACAAGCCCAAAACAUGAUCGAUCCACCCCCAUGCUUAACAGUUGAAGAGGUGUUCUUUUCAUGAAAUUCUGCACCCUUUUUUCUCCAAAAAUACUUUUGUUCAUUGCAGCCAAAAAGUUCUAUUUUAACUUCCAUCAGUCCACAGGACUUGUUUCCAAAAUGCAUCAGGCUUGUUUAGAUGUUCCUUUGCAAACUUCUAACACUGAAUUUUGUGGUGAAGACGCAGGAAAGGUUUUCUUUUGAUUACUCUUCCAUGAAGGUCAUUUUUGUGCAGGUGUUGCUGCAGAGUAGAACAGUGCACCACCACUCCGGAGUCUGCUAAAUCUUCCUGAAGGUCUUUUGCAGUAAAACGGGGGUUUUGAUUUGUUUUUCUAGCAAUCCUACGAGCAGUUUCUCUCGGGAAGUUUUCUUGGUCUUCCAAGACCUCCACCGUUCCUGUUAACUGCCAUUUCUUAACUACUUUAUGAACUGAGGAAACGGCUACCUGAAAAUGCUUUGCUGUCUUCUUAUAGCCUUCUCCUGCUUUGUGGGCAUCAUUUAUUUUAAUUUUCAGAGUGCUAGGCAGCUGCUUAGAGGAGCCCAUGGCUGCUGAUUGUUGGGACAAGGUUUGAAGAGUUGGGGUAUUUAUAAAGCUUUGAAAUUUGCAUCACUUAGCCUUUCCUAACGAUGACUGUGAACAAGCCAUAGCCCGAACAAGCUAAUUAAGGUCUGAGACUUUGGUAAAAGUUAUCUGGCAACUGAAAUCUUUUGGGGUGCCCAAACUUUCGCAUGGUGCUCCUUUCCUUUUUUUUUCACUCUACAAUAGUACAAAACAAAACUAAUAUACUAAUCUUUCUUAAAAUGUUGAAAAGAACAUUUAAUCUUUAACGGUAUGACUUUUGGAGAUCAGUUCAUCUUCUACUCACUUAACUAUUCACAGUAACAGAAAUUUUGACCAGGGGUGCCCAAACUUUUGCAUGCCACUGUAUAUAAUGAAAAAUGAGACAUUGUCAACCAUAGCAAGAAAAGUAACAGCAACUGUAUAAUUUGCCAGAGACAUAUCUGCUGCUGCCAGACCCUCCCCCUGCUAGUCAUUUGUGCAUCUCCAAACAGACUUUAUCCAGUUACCUAAAUGUAUGGGUUGUGAUUUUGUACAUGUUGCUGUGUUUGUUGUCUCCAUGAAAGCUUAUCAAACUCAUAGAAAUGAUGCUGUAACUUUUUGGUGUAUGUUCUUACCCAGUGUCUGCAAGGGAAGGAGUUAUGGAACAUGCACCAACUAAGGGACAAUUAUUUUAAUAACUUCAAAGUAUCAUCAGUGGUUAGCUUGUAGUUUCUGAUGAGUUUUGUGAAUGACAAUUGAUCUUCCAAAUAAGAAAUUUGAAUGUACACAAGGUUAAUAUCCAUAACUGCUGGUCAAUUCUGUGUAAAAAUGGCAUCUCUCUGUUCGGACUUCAGAGCAAUGUGGCGACAGGGGCCAUGCUGUCCUCCUCAUGCACGAGUAAAUAAAGUAUGUUUGAG